AUGUCAUACCCUGCUCCCUACGAAGGAUUUGGCGCUGCGGAAUUCUUCAAGCUUGCGUGGCUUUCUGAGCAUGUACUUCAAGUAUCGUUCCAGAGGGCCCCUGUCAAUGCAUUUCAUGUCCCCAUGUGGACAGAAAUGCACAAGAUCUUCGACCAUAUUCGAGGCGACGGUGAUGUGCGUGUUGUGAUUUUGUCUGGUGAGGGACGCUGCUUCACAGCAGGAUUGGACCUGCAAGAUCCUAUGCUUUUGGAGGCAAAAGAGAAUGGAUCCGACGUGGCUCGUCGUGCCCUCAAUUUCCGUGAACUGAUCGACCGUUUCCAGGCGGCCAUCACAUCGAUCGAGGUAUGUGAGCGCCCAGUGAUUGGUGUUGCCCACAGUCAUGCACUGGGAUUGGCUAUCGACAUCCUUAGUACCGUCGACAUCCGUUAUGCCACAAAGGACACAACGUUCUCUAUUCGCGAGGCAGCCAUUGGCCUAGCCGCAGACAUCGGUACAUUACAGCGUUUCCCAAAGAUUGUGGGCAACGAUUCGGUUGCGCGUGAGUUGGCGCUGACCGCGCGUGAUUUCAACGCAGCUGAGGCUCAGCAAAUUGGCUUUGUGAGUCAAGUGUUUGCUACGCGUGAUGAAGCUCUUCGCGCUGCGGUGGCCACCGCGCAGCGCAUCGCCUCGCUGUCGCCUGUUGCUGUGGUGGGAACAAAGAUGUCGUUGGUUCAUGCACGCGACCAUAGUGUGGACGAAGGCCUGAAGUACAUGCAGUACCUCAACGCCUCUUUCCUCCAGUCAGAUGACUUGAUGGAAGCGAUCGGCGCUGCUCUGUCCAAGUCCAAGCCGACAUUCGCCAAGCUAUAA